GUCGAGGUCGUUCCCAAUUAUUCGAUUCGAUUCGGUUCAAUCGAAUGAUUCGAUUCGAGACAAUCGAACCCAAUUUCGGCGCCCAGCAAUGACAACAACAACGAGGACAACUCCCUCAGCGGCAAUGUCUGUCAUAAAAUCUGCUGUGCCCGUGCCUGUGGCAUCCAGAGAUUCAUCGACAGGCAGCUCCUAAAAGACUGACACUCAACAGGAGAAAGGAUGGGAAAAGGGAAGAAGCAAUCCAUGAAGACUGGAAAAACACAGCGCUUCUGCGCUGGCUGCCAAAAGGCGGAGCCCAUGGGCGAGCGCUUCAAGCAGUGUCCUCGGUGCACCGAGGAAGGAUUUGUUCCAGCAGUCUUCUGCUCGGAUUCAUGUUUCAAAGCAGCUUGGCCAGAGCACAAGGAGUGGCAUAGCAAAGCAGGACAAGAAUCAAAGGGGACCUUGGAACGAAUUUUUCAAGUCGUCGCCAAGCCUUGGGCCGCAGAUUCUGACUCUUCGUAUCUGGACCUCCUCGAACAAUCCACCCGUUUGUUGGCCAAUGGUGACAUCAAUGGUGCCAAGAAAAUCCUUCAAAAAGCCCAGAAUCUGAGCCCAAAAGAUCCAGCAGCAUUUCUCAUGCUCUGCAUAGUAUACCAUACAUGCAAUCAAAAGGGCGAAGCCGCGACAUGCGCUAAUGAAGCAUGUAAGCGAUUGGCACUGACAACUGUGACAGGAUUCAUUGGAGACAAACAAAUCCCCAAUCAUGACAAAGAUCCCAUGUUCGCUUACUGGGCUCUCUUUGUGAGCGAUGUUUUCGAAUGGUGCGGUGAGACCAUGGACAACAUUCUGGUUCCAAAACCAAACUGGUGGCAUCAAGACGGCAUGCGAAAGCGGAUCACAAAGGUGGCACUAAGUGGACUCAAAGGGAGUAGUCUAGACGUGAUCUUGGCUUGGCAAGAUCCGAAGCUGCUUGCAGGUGUUUCGCCAGGAAAUAUCAUCGCCAGACUGCGACGCCAGAGGUUGUUGUCUCUCUCGCAGUGCCUCGCUCGAGACGACGUUCUUUUGCCGCUGAAUCGUACAAGUGAAGAGCUUGAGGAAGGAGCUGCUCUUCUAAAAUCAAUUCAGGAGCGGGAUAAGGAACUUGGGAAUACUUUCCCACAUCUGUUGGGAAAAAUCACUUAUGAUAUAAUGACAGCAGACCCCAUCAAUGGUUCUCCUUUGGAAAUUGGGGAGGCUGGCCUUUGGGUUUUGAUACAUGGCCUGGAGAGCAAAGCAGGUAAGGCACUGAAUGGCAAAGUUGGCCUGAUUUUCAAGGAUGGAGUGGAAAGUGAUCGAGUUGCUGUGGAGGUAGAUGGGUUUGAUGGAGAGAAGCGGAUCCGGCCAAAGAACCUCUGGGAACUCCCAUUCUCUGAGAAGCAAGUGGCUCUCAUUUCGACUAUGGACAAAGAUGACCAGUGGACGCAUGUGAAAGGUUCAGGGCAGCUCAGCCUAGCUCAUCGUUGCCUGGCAGGACGGAGCGUGCAAUCUACAUGGGCGUAAUCCUCGUGUGACAUUGGUGGAAGCGCUCAGAGCACUGGGUGUGAAAAGACU